AUGACGACCUCUCCUUUUACGAUAACUGAAUAUGUUAUCGAUGGCCAGCAUAUCCGCGAGUAUCCUCACGCCACGAAAACAGGUGAUGAUGUUAUGAAGCUUGCGGUAAAGAGAUAUACACCAAAAUCAAAUCCGAAUCCUCAACCAGGAGAUGUUACAAUUAUCGGAGCUCAUGGUAGUGGGUUUCCCAAGGAAAUGUAUGAAUCGAUUUGGGAAGAAACUCUGUUCAGAUUGAAUGCUCAAGGUCUUCGAGUCCGAUCGAUAUGGAUUGCCGAUGGCGCAAGUCAGUCCGCGAGUGGAGUAAUGAAUGAAGAGAUUCUUGGGAAUGAUCCAUCCUGGUUUGAUCAUGCUCGCGAUCUUCUCUUUUUGAUCAAUCACUUCAAAGCAGACAUGCCGAGGCCGAUCGUUGGAGUCGGGCAUAGUCUCGGAGCUGGGCAAUUGGCUUUACUAUCUCUCCUGCACCCGCGUCUCUUCACAUCCCUCGUCCUCAUGGAACCCGUAAUCGAGCCAGACAGCGUUACCGGCAAGGGACCCAUAUUCGUAUCACUAUCCCUUAACAGAAAAGACUCAUGGCCUUCGCGGUCCGAGGCGGCAAAGUACUUCAAAAAGGCAUACAAUAAAUGGGAUCCGAGAGCACUGGAGAGCUAUGUCAAGCACGGACUUAGAGAGGACUUGACGAAAGCUGACGGGUCGGUUAUGCUUACUACAUCCAAGCAUCAAGAGGUGAUUCAGUAUAUGCGACCAAACUUUCAACAUAAAAGAGUACUCGAUGCCGAUGCAGAUCCCGAGAGUCUGAAGACACAUGAUACCGUUUUCUAUCCCGAUAUCAUUGGUCCGUCGAACGCGAUUUACCCGUUUUAUCGAUAUGAACCUAUUCUGCUAUUCAAGCUCUUGGAGCAUAUCCGGCCAUCGGUUCUGUAUCUUUUUGGAGAGACGAGCCCGAUAUCGACCCCGGAUCACCGAAAGGAAAAGAUGGAAAGGACUGGGAGAGGAGUCGGGGGUAGUGGUGGUUAUGAGACCGGACGGGUAAAGGAGGUGAUAUUCCCUGGCGCAGGGCAUGCUCUUCCCUUUGAGGCUGUGGAGGUGGUUUCUGAUGCGGUAGCUACGUGGUUGAAGCAAGAGGUCAUACGGUGGAAAGAGGAGGAGGAGAGGAUAAAGACAAAUUGGGUGGAUCUUCAACGUAAAGCGAGGACGUCUACUUCGAAUGAAUGGCCGGUUCAGUUGAAGACGUACUUUGACAAGCCCAAGAAGACGGGUUCAAAAUUAUAG